ACAAUAAGCUAAAUCAUCUUUUGAUAUGAUCCAAAUAAGGUGCAGUCUCAUGUGGAAAGAAUAGAAAAUGCUUAUCAUAUGUUAUAUGCUGCUCUUGCUCAAAAUUGGAGGCUGCACUGACGAUCAUACUUUUGAGACGAAGACUGUUGGGGUUGGACAAAAUGUGACUCUAACAUGUACCCGCCAAAAGAAUUGGCAUUCAACAACCUUAUUUUGGAUCAGAAUUGUUUCUGGAACCUUUCCUGAAUUUUUAGGAGGAACAAUAGCGUAUGAUUUCAAUGUUUUUGAGACUCGUCGUAUUACAGCAAAACAAGAGCCUGGCACAUUUGUUCUGCACAUAACCAACACACAGAUAAGCGAUACAGCAGUCUACUACUGUAUAAAAGUCAGACAAAGCAAUAUGACAUUUUUAAAAGGAUUUUUUCUGAGAAUCAAAGGACCAGAACCUGAUAUCACUGCCGUCACUCUGGACUUUCCAUCUUUUCCCGUCCGUCCAGGAGACUCAGUGGCUCUCCAGUGUUCAGUCCUCUCCAACUCAGAGAACAAGACGUGUCCAGGAAAUCACAGUGUGUUCUGGUUCAGAGCCGGAUCAGAUACAUCUCAUCCCAGUUUAGUUUACGCUCAAGGAAACAAUAGUGAUGGAUGUGAGAAGAGUCCCGAAGCGCUCUCUCCACAGAAAUGUAUCUACAGUUUCUCUAAGAACAUCAGCGCUUCUGACACUGGGACUUAUUACUGUGCUGUGGCCACAUGUGGAGAGAUAUUAUUUGGAAAUGGAGUAAAACUGGACAGUGAAGUUGUUGGCACGUGUGAUUCACAGAACAACACAGUUAUCUUUCUGCUGUGUGUUGCUUUGGCUGUAGCUCUAGUAGUUAUAGCCUUCCUUGUUUAUGCCAUCAGGAAUAAAUCCUGUGAUUGUUGCAACGCUGCCAUGACUCUGCAAAAUGCUGCUACAGCCAGCCAUAAUCAGCAAAGUGAGCAGAGCCACGGUGACUCUUUGGUUUAUUGUACACCGAACUUUACCAGGAGAAAAGCCACCAAUGCAGGGAGAAAAAAUGCAACAGCAAAGGAUGAGACAAUCUACAGUGAUGUUAGAGCUUUUUGUAACAAUUAACAAUCUACAUAAUGAAUUUGCUCAUUGAUUCUAUUGAUAUUUUUUUGUGGCACACUGUGUAAGAAAAUGUACUCCAUGUGAACGUAUCCAUACACUUAAAGAUGUUUUAUAAAUAAUAUGCAUGAGAUCAAUACAAUUUCGCCAAUCUGUUUGCAAACAUGUAAUAAUAUGUCUGAGUCCUGUUACUUCAGCAAAGAAAAUCAAACAGUAUUAUGCAAAAAUAACCCCAUUAAAAAGCUACCAAUUUGGAUAUAAAUUGUUG